GCGGGGCCUCGCGUAAUGGCGGACGCGGGCCGGUUGAGCGCGGCUGGGGGCGUAGCGCGCUGAGCGGGGGUCCGGCUGUGUGGCUGCGCGCGACGCGGCCCGCGGGAUCACGCCCCGCGCGGUGAGGGGCGGCCGGCCGGCCCUUCUGUCGCUGCGAGCGACCGCGCGAGACCAGGUUGUUUUUCAUCAUUCAGAACAUUGCCUGAAGCAGGUCCACCAUGCCGAUAGUAACGAGGAACAUCGAGCCAAGGCACCUGUGCCGUCAGACGUUGCCUAGAGUUCCAAGCGAUCUGGAAUGCGUGACCAACAUCACCCUGGCAAAUGUCAUCCGACAGCUGGGCAGCCUGAGUAAAUAUGCAGAAGACAUUUUUGGAGAGCUCUUUACUGAGGCAAAAACGUUUGCCUCUCGGGUAAGCUCCCUUGCUGAGAGGGUCGACCACCUACAAGUGAAAGUCACUCAGCUGGAUCCCAAGGAAGAAGAAGUGUCACUACAAGGCAUCAACACCCGAAAGGCCUUCAAGAGCUCCACCAUUCAAGACCAAAAGCUUUUUGACAGAAACUCUCUCCCAGUACCUGUCUUAGAAACAUAUAACGCCUGUGAUACUCCUCCACCUCUCAACAAUCUCACCCCUUACAGGGACGAUGGGAAAGAGGCACUCAAAUUCUACACAGACCCUUCGCACUUCUUUGAUCUUUGGAAGGAGCAGAUGCUGCAGGACACCAAGGAUAUCAUGAAAGAGAAGAGAAAGCAAAGGAAAGAAAAGAAAGAUAAUCCAAAUCGAGGGAAUGUAAAUCCACGUAAAAUCAAAACACGGAAAGAAGAGUGGGAGAAAAUGAAGAUGGGACAAGAAUUUGUGGAAUCCAAAGAAAAGUUGGGGCCUUCUGGGUAUCCACCCUCCUUGGUGUACCAGAAUGGCAGCAUCGGUUCUGUGGAAAACGUGGACUCUGUCAGCUACCCACCACCACCACAGACAGACGCUACUUCUCCGCCUUCUCCGUCCUUUUCUGAAGACAGCUUGCCUCCCCCGCCAGCUGAAUUCAGCUAUUCAUCAGACAACAACCAAGGGGGGUCUGGCUUGGUCGGAACCAAACGGUCCAGUGUGGUCAGCCCGAGCCACCCCCCACCAGCCCCUCCUGUGGUCUCCCCACCAGGCCCCAAGCCUGGGUUUGCUCCCCCGCCUGCGCCUCCACCGCCGCCUCCCGUCAUGGGCAUUCCACCCCCUCCGCCACCUUCGCCCCCAUCUUUCCCACCUCACCCCGAUUUUGCUGCCCCUCCACCACCUCCCCCGCCACCUGCUGCUGACUAUCCGACCCUGCCACCACCUCCUUUGUCCCAGCCAGCAGGGGGAGCUCCGCCCCCUCCGCCCCCUCCUCCUCCCCCGGGCCCCCCUCCUCCCCUGUUCAGCGGUGUGGAUAGCCAGCCUGCCCCCCCACCUCCACCUUCGGAUGCUGCCAAGCCCAAGUCUAAUUUGCCUCCUGUGAGCGAUGCCCGCAGCGACUUGCUUUCAGCCAUUCGUCAAGGCUUUCAGCUGCGCAGGGUUGAGGAACAACGGGAACAAGAGAAGCGGGAUGUGGUGGGCAAUGACGUGGCCACCAUCCUGUCACGCCGCAUUGCUGUGGAGUACAGCGACUCGGAAGAUGACUCCUCGGAGUUUGAUGAGGAAGACUGGUCGGAUUAACGCCUUCUGGCCGCUCCCCACCUUCUCCUUCCUUCCUACUUGCUUUCUUUGAUGCCUACCCCAGCAGUCUCGUGGCGGGGGGUGGGAAAGGGAGGAAAAAAAGGAAUUUCAAGGGGCCAAAGUCUUCCCUGAAGCAACCAAAGAUAUAUCCAAGUGCUUCCUCCAGAUCAAUGUCUGUUUUCCACCCCCACCCCGCCCCCCCUAGCCAGGCCCUGUGGAGCUUCUGGGGUGUAGUAGCUUAGACAUUCCCUCUUCCUUCCCUUCAUGUUUUUAAGCAGAUCUCUUUGAAUGGUUUGAAAUUGGCGUUGGUGCCUUUCCCUGGGAGCCAUUUUCAGCUGUGGACUUCCACAAGGCUUAGCUUUCAGCUACUUCAAAUAAUGCAGCCAUCUCUGGCCCUACGGCCGGCGCGCGUGCGCGCUUUCCUGGGCACCGCUUCCCGGCGGUCAGGUCAGCGGGGGAGGCUGCCUUUUGCUAAACAGUUUCUGUGUCUGGGUGCCCUUUUUUCCCAGGCUCCGCCAGGCCCCUCAAGAAUGUCUCACUCCGCUGCCCAGAAAUUACGCCCUUCAGAAGGCUGAGCUCGUUGCCUCCGUGCCCGGCGUCCUUCUGAAGAGUGUGAUGUUUGGGUGUUCCGGAAAUGCCCGCCCUCACCUCCAAGUGCCACCUGGCACUGCCUCCUACUUCUAACCCCUUAUACUCAUGACCAAAUUAGCCCCGCCACACAGGGUUGUUUUGUUUUUUGGUUUUUUUUUUUUUUUUUUUGGUUUCUGGGUCACACCCAAUGAUGCACAGGGGUUACUCCUGGCUCAUGCACUCAGGAAUUAUUCCUGCGGUGCUCGGGGGAACAUAUGGGAUGCUGAGAAUCGAACCCGGGUCAGCCGCGUGCAGGGCAAACACCCUACCCGCUGUGCUAUCGCUCCAGCCCCCACCCCCGCCACACAGGGGCCCGUGCCUGUGCUGGCCAUCGAGACCCGGAACUGGAGGGGACUGAGACUCCCGUCUGACCCGCUGAAAGUCGAGAAGUGGGAGGAGACUUGCUCAGGGUCACAGGGUUGGGUGGUGACGGGGAGACCCCAGCGUUCCUGAUUCCAAGGCACCUGUGCUUUCUGGGACCAAAUCUCGGGCCCCUGCUGGAGUCGGGGCGUUGCUUCUCCAUCUCUCACCACAGGUGGGGUCCCAGUGGUGGGGCGAGGGUCCUGUCCCAGGCCCUCAGCUUCCCAUAAUCCUUGGCUCCUCUUUUCCCAUCACUCCCCUCCCGCAUGGCCUUGGGGCCCAGAGGUAGUGAGAGGAGGAAGCGGCUCGGCAGCUUCUGACAGGUGCUGUUUUCAAUUCCUCUCAGCUCCCCCCUCUUUUUAUUUCCCCAAUUUAAGCCCAGGCUCUGCCAAGUGUAGAAACUUCAGUCCCUCAGGCUGGCAGCCUCUGUUGGUAGCUGCCGGGAGGUGGGGGGGGGGCUGGUAGCCGCAAGGGGGGCUGCGAGGCAGCGUCUAGCUUCCCCCUGUCCCUGCACACAGUCCUGUUCCCCGCUCAGGCCCCUUCCCCGGAGCUAACACACAGGUGCUAUUAUUCAGGGAGAAAACUGGUCAGCUGUGGCCAACAGCGAGGUCUCUUCUCUUCCGUCCGAACUAUUGUGCAGCCUCUUAUGCUGAAACCGGCUUCUCCUGGCUUCUCGAGCUUUCAGAGCCCUGAAACAAAGAGAAACAGGAUCUGUCUCUGCCCAGCGCAGCAAAUGGUUGUAGUAAUUGCCAAAGCUCUUGUAAACCCCUCCGGCUGGAGGAGAGCAUGUAAUCACGGGUCCUGCCGCGGUGCCCUGGCUGAACGCUCCCCCUCUCCUCCCUUCCUUGAACUCGGGGCCUGGGAACUGAGCCUGAAGGUGCCAGCAGGCCCUCUGCUCGGCUGCUCCGGCCCGUGCCCUCCUCCCUCUCCCUAGCUCAGGUGUCUCUGGCAUUGGGCUGGCACCGGGGUCCAGUGCGGAGCUGAGCGGGCUCUGUGCCUCUGCCUGGUUUCCCAGCCUGCUCUGUGCAUGCCGAAGGUGCUUUCUCAGAGCCCUGAGGGGCCGGAGAGGCAGCCGAGGGCAGUGGUUCUCCCAGAUAGGAGCCCUGGGGCCCGGCCAGGCCAGGGUUUGCGCCUAAUGGCUUUGACUAAAUUACCCCUCCCCCUCCUUUCCGGAAAAGGGGGAGCCAGCACCACUCGCCAGGGUUCUGCUCUGACCUUGAGAGGGGCGGUGUUGGCCUGGCUCGUGGAAUGGACAGCGUCUGCUGUCCGUCCGCAGUGGAAAGGGCUGGGGGGCAGGAGGAGGUGGGGAGGGGCGCUGCCUGCGGAAGGUAGGAUUAGAUCAUUAGCUCAGUGACCUCCUAGGGUUUCGAUGUGCUGUGUUCUCAUCCUACAGCUGGUUUGGUAAUGAUCUGCAAGUCCCGGAGAGCAACAGCACAGCUCUGCCUGACGCUCUCAUUAAAAUCUAUGCAGCCAAGCUCGGCGCUUUGUAGCAGCCGGCCUUGCGGAGCCUCCUCAGCUUGGGGGGGCUGGGGACCCAGUCAGCCGAGAGGCCCUCUGGGCUCUACUUAUGCAUAUGUGCACCAAAAAAAAAAAAAAAGCUUCUUUAAACCCAAAGCCCUUUAAGAUGAUAAAGGAUCCUGUGCAGGUAAUUGUGUGUUUUCGGAACCCUGUAAUGUAGAAUGCAGAGUUUAGUGAUUAUUUAAACUGGGCUGAGGCCGGUAGGAGUGGGAAACAAUGGCCCUUACGGACUCUUCUGCCUCCCUUCCUGCUCCCGCGGCUCCUGGGGCUGGGGGGCCCAGCCUGCCGCUCAGUGUGGAGGCCUGUGGCCGCUCAGCCUCGGGACACAUUCCAGAGGGGGCAGGGGCUGCACGGGUGGGCUUGGGGAUCCCUCGGAGGCUCAGAGCAGCUGGCCCAGGCCCCAGCUUGCCUCUGACAGAAGCUCAGGCGCCCUCGGAGACGACCCUGGCCAAUGUCACCGGCAGAGCCGAGGCGCUGUUGUCAGGCCGAGUGGGGAAUCUCUUCCCGCGGCGCCGACCCUCUGACGCGGCUGCCGGCUUGGACAGACUGAGGCCCCGGUGGCGCUGGCGACCCUGCUACAGGAUUCCCACUGGCUCCUGGCCCUCGGCCUGCCCCCCACCACAGCCCCUCGCCUGACCUCAGGUCUGCCGUGGCCGGUGCCCCAGGCCAGAGGCUUUUGCUCAGGAGACACGAAAGCGGCAGACUCUGAGCGGGGCUCAGCCCUUCUGCGGGACCAGGUGCCACCCAGAGACCCACCUCGUCUUGUGCCUCGGAGAGGAGUAGGGAACAAUUUAUUAUUGUAUUAACUUGACUCAAUUAACUCACAUGAGAAACUAACCAAUUUUUACUUUCCGUCUAGAAUGUUGUACGUGUAGGAAAAUAAGCCGUAAUGCUCCCAAAGUGCCUUGUUUUCUCUGACAUAAAUAUAUUUAUAAGGACC